AUGAAGACGUACGCGCGCUCGAACGUCAAGUGCGGUGGCCAGAAGGAGAGCGGGUGGCAGUCGGCCGUGUUCAUGGUGGAGCCCGGUGCCACGCUCAAGAACGUGAUCAUCGGCAAGGACCAAAUGGAGGGCGUGCACUGCGAGCAGAACGGCUGCACGAUCCAGAACGUGGCGGCUCGGCCAGCAGCGUCAUCCAGCACAACGGCCUGGGCACGGUCUCCAUCGAGGGCGUCUACGCGCAGGACUUCGGCAAGCUCUACCGCUCGUGCGGCACGUGCGGCUGAAAGUCUCGCAAGGUGA